AUGAUCAAUCGCUCGCAUGCCAAUAUCCAUAAGCACGAGCAUCAUCACGAGCAUGAACAUGAGCAGAAUGACGCUCCAGAGAUGAAAGAUCCUCUCCAGCCCGGUUCCUCGGACAUCGACGAAAGAAUGACCCGAGAUUAUAAGGAGGCCAUUGACAAAACAAACAUCCUUAACAACGAAGAUCGUCUUCGCCACGCAAAGCCCGAGUCUUCCACGGGCUACCAAGAACCAUCCGAGGAAGAGAUUGAUAUUUCUUGGCGGCCUGAUCCAUCGGGUCAUCCGCGGAGGACUUUCUAG